CAUUGAAUGUCUUUUUAUUUCUCUGACAUAAAGAAGAAUCUCUUAUCUUCUCACCUCUCUCGUUCCUUCUAAUCUGAUCCUCGUUUUGGGUCACUUCAUUAAUAUCCGAAUCCAAUUUAGGGUUUCUUUUCAUUCUUCUUCUUCUACUACUGCUACUACAACUACCAGCUCCAUUUUCAAUCCUAGUUGUCCGAUUCAGAGUUUUCUUUACUCUGAUUCUUUCAGGUAUUUUAAAUUUUAUUCAUAAAAUUCGAUACUUCGAUCGCACAACUCUUCUUCGGAUUUCUUGCUUCGCAUUCAUUGUCUGAAAAUAAAGCAAAGGAUUUCCUUUCUUUCCUGGCCUUGAUCGGUGAUUCUAAGCUUCUGAUUCUCGAUCUCUGUUCUAAGACUUUUGCAGGUGGGGAUGGGGUCUCUGCAAGGACCAGUUAUUUGUCCCUCUGUUCGUGCUAAGCAAGGGGGAUUUUACACUCUAGCCACGAUGGGUUUUCCGGUAAAGGGUAGUCGUCUCAGAAGUGAAUUGUGGGGAUUCAAAGGGAUCAACAAUAGUAGCAUCACCCAGGCAGGUUAUCUUUCUCGUCAAGUAAGUGGGCGAAAAUUCAAGACAAUUAAUUGUACUUUCAGUUCUUCGUCUAAUGGAAACGGUAGCAUGGCUGAAAAUUUCAAUGAAAACGACGAAGACUAUGUCAAAUCCAGCGUACUGGAAGCUGUUGAGGUGAAGAGUGGUGUAGACGGUUUCAUGAUUAAAAUGAGGGAUGGUAGGCAUUUGAGGUGUGUCCAUAACAAUCCACAGGGUGGUCAUCUGCCGGAUUAUGCUCCGCACCCUGCUAUUGUGCUGAAGAUGGAGGAUGGAACUGGUCUUCUUCUUCCAAUAAUCGUUUUGGAGAUGCCUAGUGUUUUACUCAUGGCGGCAGUGCGUAAUGUUCAAAUUGCUAGGCCUACGCUUUAUCAAGUGGUGAAAGAAAUGAUUGAUAAAAUGGGAUACGAGGUUAAACUUGUUAGAGUGACUAAGAGAGUGCAUGAAGCAUAUUUUGCUCAGUUAUAUCUUACAAAGGUGGGUGAUGAAUCAGAGUGCAUCAGCCUUGACCUUCGACCUUCAGAUGCUAUCAACAUAGCAGUGAGAUGCAAGGUGCCAAUACAAGUCAACAAGUACCUGGCAUACAGUGAUGGAAUGAGAGUAAUUGAAUCUGGGAAGCUCUUGACCCAGACCCUUGCUUCAGAUGGCUUAUUAUUUGCUGAAUUAGAUCGACCAAGCGGUCAGCCAUGCGUUGAAACAAAGGAAUUUAAUCUUGUACGCAAUAUGCUGGUGGCAGCUGUUGAGGAGCGAUACAGAGAUGCUGCUCAGUGGAGGGAUAAACUAAGUCAACUUCGUGCUAGAAAGAACUUGGCAUGACAGCUGUGCUCGAAGAUUAUAUUGUACAUAGACAAUUGUUCAGAGUUGGCCGGGCUGUGUCAGGGGGAUCACUAGUGCCUUUUCCCUCUGCUCCAUAUGUAUUUAGAAACUUGUGAAUAUUUAUAUUAUAUGUAUGUUUAUAUAUGUAUGUAUGUGUAUGUAUGUAUUAUAUGUAAGUACAGAGGAACUUUACUGCCA